UGGCGCUGGGCCUAGAGCGCCUUGGGGCCUUCUUGCUCUCGUCCCUCCGCCACGCGGGACUCCUGUGUACUCGUGUCGGGCGCACUCCCGCACUGCGCACCGGCGGGUUCCGGCGAGAAGAUGGGUGACCCCGCCUUCGUCCCUCCCUCGCCACCCCACGUCUUGGCUUUGAUCCUGUCGCGCAGUGCGUCCCCACGCGGGUCCCUGGCUUGCCGGCGCCGGGCGGCCGAGCCGUGGUCAUGCCCAGCCGGCAGCCGCCCGCUCCUGGCGCAGGCGCCGCCAGGCCCUCCCGGAGCCUCUCUGGCUCACUCUGCGCCCUGUUUUCUGAUACAGACUCGGGAUCCGGCAUGAAAACGGAGCUCUCUGCUCGGCCCGGGGCCGGGGGGAAGGAGAUGACCCAAGAAGAGAAGCUGCAGCUUCGGAAGGAAAAGAAACAGCAGAAAAAGAAACGGAAAGAAGAAAAGGGGACUGCAACAGAAGCGGCCCCCGCAGGGUCCACAGCACCCGCAGCGUGUCCAGUAGGUCCAGCCAAAGAACCACCAGGACCUGGCGCUCCUGGUGAGAAAGGCCCAGCUUGCCGGAGCAAGGCUGAGCUGCGCGCCGAGCGCCGGGCCAAGCAGGAGGCCGAGCGGGCUCUGAAGCAGGCAAGGAAGGGGGAGUCAGGAGGGCAGCCUGCCCAGGCCUCACCCAGCGUGGCUGUAGAAGCUGCUGCAGGAGUGAAGCGACUCACCGAGCACAUCCAGGUGGAUGACUCUGUCCCUCUUAGAAGGCUUGUAAGAAAACCAGAGCGACAGCAGGUUCCAAUUCGAAAGGAUUAUGGCUCCAAAGUCAGUCUCUUCUCCCACCUGCCCCAGUACAGCAGACGUAACUCCCUGACCCAGUACAUGAGCAUCCCAUCCUCUGUGAUCCACCCAGCCAUGGUGCGGCUCGGCCUGCGCUACUCCCAGGGCCUCAUCGGCGGCUCCAACGCUCGCUGCAUCGCCCUGCUCCGGGCCCUGCAGCAGGUAAUCGAGGAUUACACGACACCCCCCAGUGAGGAGCUCUGCAGGGACCUGGUGGCGAAGCUUAAGCCUUACAUCAGCUUCCUGACUCAGUGCCGCCCCCUGUCGGCCAGCAUGUACAAUGCCAUCAAGUUCCUCAACAAGGAGAUCACGGGUGUGAGCAGCACCAAGCGGGAAGAGGAGGCCAAGGCAGAAAUCCGGGCAGCGAUUGAUCGGUAUGUGCAAGAGAAGAUUGUGCUGGCCGCACAGGCGAUCGUGCGCUUUGCCUCCCAGAAGAUCAGCAAUAGAGAUGUGAUCCUGGUGUACGGAUGCUCAUCCCUGGUAUCGCGGAUCCUUCAGGAGGCCUGGAGUGAGGGCCGGCAGUUUCGGGUGGUGGUGGUGGACAGCCGGCCCCGGCUGGAGGGGAGGCACAUGCUGCGCUUUCUGGUCCGUGCCGGAGUCCCCGCCUCGUACCUGCUCAUUUCUGCAGCUUCUUACGUCCUCCCAGAGGUUUCUAAGGUGCUAUUGGGAGCUAACGCACUCCUGGCCAACGGGUCUGUGAUGUCACGGGUGGGGACAGCCCAACUGGCCCUGGUGGCUCGAGCCCAUAACGUGCCAGUGCUGGUCUGUUGUGAAACCUACAAGUUCUGUGAACGUGUACAGACUGAUGCCUUUGUCUCUAACGAGCUAGAUGACCCUGAUGACCUGCAGUGUGAGCGGGGAGAUCACGUGGCCCUGGCUGACUGGCAGAGCCAACCAACCCUGCGGUUGUUGAAUCUCGUCUAUGACGUCACUCCCCCUGAGCUCGUGGAUCUGGUGAUCACGGAGCUGGGCAUGAUCCCCUGCAGUUCAGUUCCUGUCGUCCUGCGAGUCAAGAGCAGUGACCAGUGAUGGAGAAAUGGCCUCAAUAAAUGACAUACGCCCUCA